AUGCUCGCGGGCCUACUCUUCAUCGACAUGUGCCCCAACGACCCUAGCAGCGUGUACGGCAACUGCCCGUACAUGGUGUGCUACUCGGUCGUGUGCGGGGGCUACGUCAAGCUGCCCACCGGGUGUGGUUGUCUCGAGAUGCAGACCCCGCCCAACGCGACACUCAUCAGCCUCGUCAAGCAGGCGCAGACUAACUGCCUCCCCAGCGGCCAGACAACGCCCGACCCCGCGACGGCGACGUACGUCCCCGGCGCGGCGAGUACCGACAUCCCCAUGCCGUCGCCGCCGCCGUCGGCGGCCACUACUGGUGCCACGCACGCGGCGUCGUCGGGUGCUGCGGGGUCCAGUGGCGCCGGCAGCGCUGCAUCGCCCUCGCCUUCACCCGCCGCGAAACCCAGCAACGCGGGCCCGGUCGUCGGGGUCAGCCUCGCGGCUGUCGGUGCGCUGCUCGGCGCCGCAGUGCUGCUGCCUUGA